AUGGAAGCAGGUCACUAUACUACACCGCUUCGGUGCCAAGGCUUCGACCUUGCGCUAAAGCUCACCACAAUGAUCGAUCUCGAUUCAGCCAGGAGAGACCGCCCUCCCCCUGAAUCCACCCGGUACCUGCAUCCAAGGCCGAUUCUGCUAGCAUCGGAAGGCAUCGCUCGAGUGCGCAUCGACCUCGAUCGGCGAUCUCAAUCGGAUUUCACCGACCAGAACUUCAUCCCUAAAGCUGGCCCGCCGUACUCGAAUCCAUCGACGGCAGCAUCCAAGUGUUGGGGCUUCGGUUUCUCGGCAUCGAUCGAAGAAGAUAAAGUUCGCCUUCGAUGGUGCAUUUCGAGUUCAUCUGAUCCCGAUAGGCAAGGAGCCAUGGGAUAA